UGCCAGUCUGACAGGCUCCUGCAGAGGAGUUACAUCACUUCCUAAAAAUCAGGCAAACACCUCUCCUUCAAGUGAGCACCGACCCAAAGGAGCAGGAAACAGGAAAUGUGCGCGUCGGAGAGAGACCGGGGCUCCGCAGCAUCCUGAGCGCGGGGCGAGCCAGCUGACAUGACCGCGCUGUGUGUCGCCCUGGUCUUGGCCCUGGGACUCGCGCUCUGUCACUCGGACCAGGGCACUGAUGAGGAGUUGGAACACUCAGGAUACAGCACCACAGAAGAAGAAAUACUAGACGAGGAGACAACAACGAGUGCUUUGGCUGUCGGGACCACGGAAGUGUCAGCCACAGGCACAAAUUCUACUUCCACUGAUGAGACUGUCGAUCCCUCAGGCCAGCUGCAGUUUGUGUCAAUGGUGGUGGUCCCCCUGGCAGUGCUGGUCUUCCUUCUGUCCGUGAUUCUCAUCGCCAUCUACCUUAAAAGCAGGAGACCUAAACGAGAGCCUUCUAGCCAAGGAUCUCAAAGCGUCUUGCAGACAUAUGAACCAGUUGGUGAAAACCUGAAAGUCCCUAUUUUUGAAGAGGACACACCCUCUGUUAUGGAAAUAGAGAUGGAAGAGCUUGAUAAAUGGAUGAACAGCAUGACUAGAAACGCCGACUAUGAAGGUUUACCUACUUUGAAGGAAGAAAAGGAACCAAACCUCAGCCCAAGUGACAACGAGUCCUAAAUCUGAGCAGUGUUGAUGUUUUCCAAGAGCGCACUCCCUGAGGGCACUUGCUGGGCCUGCCAAGGGAAGAUGAAGAGGAGACACAUUUAAUUAAUUUCAAAUCAGUGUAGACACAAGAAGCUUUUACUGUUUCUUCCACCACCCCUCUUCAGAAGAUGACAUCGUGGACUUGGAAGAAGGAAGGACUGAAGUCCUAGGAAAGGUCUGGCCGUCCGCCAUCGCACUCAGGGUGCAGGAGCGCUGAGGUGCUGGCUUGUCCCCUCCUCACUGCCUUCUCCCCCCUCGUUCUGAUCACCCUUAAUUUGCUGUCACUGCUCUGCUUCACCCCUGAGGGUUCAAAUCAGGAAGCUGGUCCUCUUCCAGGUCACCUCACUAUCUAACAGCUUCGGAUAAUGUCCUCUCAUUAUUUGUGUCCUCUGACGGGUCAGCUCUGUUCAUCUGGGGACUUUUCUCAUGUUACUUUAUGCCAUGGAAAAGACACCACACAAAGCCAAGUGUUUCGUAGCCACCCCGUCCCAAGGAGCUGCUAAGCAUGUUUCUUACCUGCUAAGAAAA